AUGCAAGCUUACAUCUGGUUGGGGCCCACAGCUGCCAUCGACGGCGGCGGCGGCGGAGGAGGAACCUCUGCCUCCACCACCGCCUUCUCUCUCUGUGCCCAUCGGUACUCUCACUCAUCUUGCUGGCCACAUUUUCAUCACAGUAGCAGUCGUGGUGUGCCAUCUUGUUCAGCCACUGCCGGAGGCGGUGGCGGUGUCAGUGGGCGGAAGCAGAACCACUAUACGGUGCUGGGCCUGGCAUCCGAUGCUUCUCCGACCGAUAUCAAAAAGGCCUAUCGCCUUCUAGCUCUCAAGUAUCAUCCUGAUGUCAGCAAGGAUGCAGGAGCACAUGAGACAUUCAAGAGCAUCCGUCUUGCUUAUGAAAUACUAUCAAAUGAAGCUACCAGAAACCAGUAUGAUCGAGCCCUUCGAUAUCAAUCAGAUAGUGCGAAGCAUCAUCCAGGUAGUGACUGGAACUACAGCCCUGAAUAUGAAGAUCAGCUACGGAUCUAUAGAUGGGCUUAUGUGAGGCAAAAAAUGCAGCGGGAAAAUUACUGGCAGCACAAUCGAUCAAAAAACGAGAAAGGAUAUUCCUUUUCUGUUGAAGAAGAACAAGAAGAGUCUGAUGAUGAUGAAGAGAGAGGCCCAUUCACCGAAGUGCUUCAAUCGGCCUUACUUACGUUGUUCCUUAUGCACACCGUUGGAAUACGUUUAUCUCUCACCUUUAGCAGCAUUAUGGCUUUUCUUGACCAAAAGCUGGAUGGUGGAUAUAAGAUUGGUUACUUAAUCGCCUGGAUAUUAGGAGGAACUGGUGGCAUUAUGCUAACAUUGUGCCUUUCGUUUUCAAGUUGGGUAUGUGGGAAAACUAGUAGUGGCAUUGUUGCUUUAGUAGUUGUAUCCAUGUGGUUCGUUUCAAAUCUUGCUAGGUUCGUUCCGCUUCCCCAAGGUGCUCUUCUUACCCUGUUGUACAUGUCAAUUAAGCUGCAGCUAUGCGAAGCUACGCAAAUGAUCAAUGCAAGAAAACUGAAAGGCGUGUUCUUGCCGUACUGA